GAGAGAAAGAGGGACGUAAAUGAGUGUCUCUAUGUGUGUCUGCAUGAGCAUGAACACGAUGGACUCUUAUCAGUCAACAACCACACUGAUAACCAUCUUCUCCCCAUACCUGACCUACAAUCACGCUGGAUCACAGCAUCUUCAUAGAACGUUUUAUCAUAUGAUGUCACAAUCUCAUUAUCAUAUGAUGUCACAAUCUCAUUAUCAUAUGAUGUCACAAUAUCAUUAUCAUAUGAUGUCACAAUCUCAUUAUUAUAUGAUGUCACAAUCUCUGUCUCUCUAUAAACCUUGUUUACAACAUCCAGCGUUGCAUGAUCCAAAUGCCAAACAACAAGGUUUAAUGAAUUAUAUGUCCAGAUGUUAUAGUACUGGUACUUUGGCAUUUUCCAAAAUGUAAAUACCAUACGAGAUCAAUAUGGUGAUGUAUUGAUUAUGGAUUGAUUCUGAUUGACUUGCAGGCAGCGGUGAAGACAGCCCUGAGGAUGAAUGACCCUCGCUUCGCCAUGAGUAUCUACGAGGAGGCAGGAGAUAUCUUCUUCAAAGGCCACAGGAACAGACUGGCAUCACUGCCCUUCUACAGGGACGGCAGUCUCCCUUUUGCUCGGAGUAUCCGUGACGUCGACUCAGAGUUCAGACUGCUGAGUAAACUGACUGAACUACUGAUGACCCAGGAAGAACAUGAAGAGGCUCUACAGUACGCCAUUCUGGCUGUACAGAUCAGCACCAAAACAGGUGUGUGUGUGAAGGAGCGUGCAGCGUACCACCGUCUGGCUACAGUGUACUACAAUCUGAAGCAGUAUGAGAUGACAGAGAACUACUACCUCAAGUCUCUGUCUCUCAGCCCUGCUGUACUGCAGCACCCCCUGGAGGCUAGAUACUACACCAAGCUCUACUGCAGACUGGGGGACCUGACGCUGCACAAACUAAAGGUAAAGGCUCCGGCUCUGGAGGGCAGAAGUACUGCUGAUUUUCUUUACUAUCGGGUAGUUCAUUAACCUGUAUAGGCUUUCCAGUUUAAUAGCACUUCA